AUGGGUGGCUGCAUGCACAGUACUCAGGACCAAGCACUCCACUUAGGAGGACAGUCCAGUCCUUCUGUACCUGCAACAUCCACUGCAGCAUCCAGGAAGAUGCCAAAAAGCAUUUCAAUAUCCAAACAACUCACUUCAAUAAAAGCUCUAAAGAAGGGCUCAGAACUGGAAAAAUCCAUUGCCACUGCUGCUCUGGUUUUCAAAAACUCUUCCGACCCUGAUGGUAAACUUGGAAAAGCUACUGCUAAAAAUCUGCUACAAACCCAAUUCAGCAAUUUCAUAGAGGGACAAGAAACCAAGUACAAAUACAGAGAAAUCCUUGCUGAACUUGAUGAGCAAACAGAAAAUAAACUUGACUUUGAGGACUUCAUGAUCUUACUCUUGAGCAUCACUGUCAUGUCAGAUUUACUACAAAAUAUAUGGAGUGUAAAAACCAUGAAAUAG